GACAGCUUGAUUACACUCUACUGCUAUGUAAUCCAUGUGCUAACAAUGAGUGGGCGGGCUAAUUGAAGGAAUAAGACAGGUCCCCCAGCAUUGCCAGUAUGUAAUAUUGCCGCACAUAACGGCGUGUUUCUCACUGCAUAGUCGGGCCACGAAGCCUCGCGUUUCAUUGUCAACACAGCUGUUCAAAAGAUACCAAUUAUUGUGAGGUCGUGGCGACGCGAAAUAUUAUAAUCUAACCUGGUACAACAGGGAAGGUCGUGCUUCAAGUAACCUAUUUUACGUCGCGGUGUUUUGCAUUAGUUGGUCCUUGAACCUAUGAUUAGAUAUCGGAAUUUAAUCUGAGGCAAAAAAACGAAAGCUCCAUGCAAAGAGAUAGAUUAUCUCCUUGCUCCAUGUAAACCCUGGGAGCACACUGGUAGAACAGCAAUGGACAGCAAAGAGAGUGAUGAAGAAGCCCUGUUCACAUAUGGUGCAGAACGGAGAGACAGGCUUAUAUGUUGUGGCACGCUGCUUGUGCGUAGAUGGGGUCCACUUGAAAGGAAAGAAAAGGCAUUUGUAAUAGUGUCUACGUUUGGUCUCGUAGCAGCUUUGGGAUUCGUGAUUUAUGGCCUCGCCACUUUAAAUGGUGACGAUUGGACAUUUGCUCUUCUACUUCUCUUCAACAUAUUUUUCUGCGGCUGGUAUGCUCUGAACGGAGUCCUCCGAGAAAAGCCAUAUGAAGUUGCUAUAUUUUGUGGUGCAAAUAUCUUGCUGCUUGCAUAUGUGUCCACAAACUUCGGACUAAAAUUUACUCAAAUGGUCAACGCUCCCGACAGAACACUCUUUAUAGUGAAACUAGCCAGACUUAUCGUAACCGUCGUCUUCUCCGCCGUCACUUUGGGGCUUGGCAUGUGGGUUACUCACGAAUAUUACGACCACGGAGAUUUUAUUUUUCGCACGGUCAAAUCGGCGCAGACAGAGGUGGUUCAUGCUACCAAGCUGGUUUUCCUGUUUGAACCCGCGCUCACUGUUGAUAUGCAAAUGGCGCUAAGCGUGUGCGUUCUACUAUUACGCCGUGGAUACAAUUCCGAAGUAGGCGGAACAGUUGGAAUUGUCGUUGGGUUUGCAUUAACUGUAGCAUUGAGGAUUUUAACAUAUUUCGCAGUGCAAAGAAAAAGUAGGAGUUUGGCUUGGCUUGUGUUGGUGCUACUCUUGUUGAUAGAACCAGCGUUUAUUAUUUACGAUUUCAUAAAGGUGGGGAAUGAAUUUCUAUCAACGGCAACUUUUGAACUGGAGAUCGUAACGCUAACCUGCUGUACGCUGGCUGUUUUGGCAAGGGCGGUUGUCAUUGUAUUAGGUGUGCUUGUCUACAAAGCAAUCAAUAGGCGUGAGGGGCUGCAUGGAGAAAUUCAAAAAUCCCGUGAUCCAGCUGCUCCUGGUCAAGAGACAAAGGAAUAUGGAAGCAUGCAACCUGAAUGGACGAAGUGAUACUCUGUCACUUUCAACACCAUUCUUAAUUCUCUCCAACUAUCAUCAUAUAUAGAUCACGCAAUGGACCCAUGCGGGCUCAGAUGAAAAACAUAAGAGUUGUCAUUGAUCUGAACCACUUGAAAUCAUGUAUAAAAUUUGUAAUAUAGGCACGCUGUUCUCCUUGGUGUAUUGUAGAAUUAUUUUGAUCUCGAAGGAUUUCUAAUAUAUAGUUUUUAUUCAAUAUUAUAUAUUUUAUUCUAAAGUUCUUUUUAUUCGGUAUGUGUUUUGUUUUAAAAACUUCUGAAAUAAAGGUUAUGAGUUGCACAA